CGGUUAUGAUCUCGCUUGCUAGCUACAAAUUCUGAACAUGUCAUUGGAUUCAUCACCUUCUGUGAAAGAAAGAGCUGCUGCCAUAGACCGGCGAGUCAGUUUAGAAGCUGAGAAUGAGAGUCGACGGCUAUCUGGCGAAUCGAACCAAUAUACUUAUAGAAGUAGCAAAGCACCGUAUCUGCAAAAGAAAAAGAUGAGAACGGUCGAGCCGCUGUCGUUCCAACCCAUGCGGCCUACCAGAAUCUUUUCCAGAGAAAUAGAAGAACGAGCAUUACAGCCUAGGCGACAGACACCAGGCUCCAUCACAAAGCACUCCUCACCCAUCAAUCAUGCCGGUCGUAUACAGUCCAUAAACGAAAUAAGAGAGUCCAUCAAAGUUAUGAAGCAAAGGAUCGAUACAACCCUUUCGUCAGAUCAGCCCAUUGAUACAGAGAUGUCUGCCCAUGUAACACCUCAGCGAUCGUACGCAAAGGAACUGGACAGAAGUCAAUUUUCUGGAACACGAAACCGGUUUAGGGAAGCUCAUGAAAAAAGAAGCUUUCAGCAAAGCAACCAUUCACUCGCUAUAUCUGAAAUCGAGCACGACAUCUCGCGUAUCAGUGACCAGCCGUCUUUCCACGGACAUCCUACGUCGAAUGACCACGAACAAGACCGUCUGGCCAUGGUGUAUGCGCAAUACUUGCAGGCAAUGUAUAAAGCAUCUCACGGGGCUAAGGAGAUGGAACGGCAGCAGGCUGCCGCAGAGGCGCGUCUUGAUAGCGCUCAAGCCCUUUUGGCCAGCCGGCAGAAGGAACUCAAUGUGUCUGAAUCCAAGAUUAGAGUUGCGACAGAGAUCGCCACGUUAGAUGGACUGAUAAGUAAACAAAAGGAUAGCUUAAUGCAAGUAGCAAAAACCUUGUCUCUUUUCAAGAGCCCUGUUGAACUAUAUAUGGAAAGGAUGGACAAAGCAACCGUCAUUGUUCCACCGAAGGAUUCAAUGUGGCAGGACCUUGAUACCUUGAAAGAAUCUGUUCAAGCAUGCAGUGAAGCGCUGGGUGAACUUAUCAAGACGCAAGCAGAAGACAAGCAAUCAACAAGGUUGCUCAUGGCGAACCAAAUAACGUGCACAGCGCUCAAAGAAGAAAUCGAUUUAUUGUGUAGUUGCAAGCAGAUCAUCUCGUAAUUUCUUCUUCUACAGUAUACGUAGUCCCAAUAAAUUUGUA